UAAAAUUUACAAGGCAAAGUUAAAGUUUGAUCAUCUUGAAAAAAGAUAAGAAAUACGCGCAGCGGAAGUGUUAGAUACAUGUUGCGAACGACGUCAACAUUCAAGGUGGCUCUGCUUAUGAAUUACGUGCGUAGGGAAAAUACUUCCUCUUUUGACGAUGAAGCAUUUAGCUUAGCUAAGAUGUGGAAAAGUGGUAUUAUAGCUAAAAUGAGUCCUAACCCGAAUCCUUGCAACAUUUCGAGUCACUCUGACUCUUUGGAUAUUACCAAAGAAUAAAGUUCGUUCAAUAUUUUACACCUUGCAUAUCUAAUGCAUAAUUAUAUAUUGUCUUGUAAAUGUGUUUUCCGGAUGAAUGUUAUUGCCUUUCGUUUGUUCGAAGUUCAGUCAUGCGUUCUACGAAGAGCUGUUCUUAACAUAACUUAAUCAUUUAGUUUUACUAAAGUUUGAAGUUACUGGUUAAUUAAAUGGCUUCUAGUACACUGCUGGUUUUUACUCUUAUUUUCAUAACGAUUGUGAAAGCUAAAGAGCAAUUAUAUGCCGUCAGACUCCAAGGACCAAAAAAGGACCAUGGAACAGGACGAGUUGAAAUAUUUUACAAUGGACAGUGGGGAACAAUUUGUGAUGACAGCUGGGAUUUAAAAGAUGCUGAGGUCGUUUGUCGUCAACUUGGUUAUGGAAGUGCGUACAAAGCUUUACAAGGAAGUUUAGUUCCUGAUGGUAAAGGAAAGAUAUGGUUAGAUGAUGUUGGGUGCAAUGGAAAUGAACAAAAUCUUUCAAGUUGUUCUAAUCGUGGAUGGGGAAGACACAAUUGUAGACAUUCAGAAGAUGCAGGUGUAGAAUGUUUAAAAGAUGUCCAAAAAUGGUCAAUCAGACUUCAGGGAUCAACAAGCUCCAAUGCCACAGGUCGUGUAGAAAUAUUUUACAAAGGAGAAUGGGGAACAGUAUGUGAUGAUGACUGGGAUAUAAACGAUGCUAAGGUUGUAUGUCGUCAACUUGGUUAUAAAACAGCUCUGGCAGCUCUUAAAGGAAAUGCUGUUCCUAGUGGUAAUGGAACGAUAUGGUUAGAUGAUGUUAAGUGUACAGGAAAUGAAUUUUAUCUUUCAAGUUGUUCACACAGAUACUUGGGAGGUCAUAACUGUAAUCACUCAGAAGACGCCGGUGUAAAAUGUUAUGAAGACGUUGAUGAAUGCUCCCUUUCUACUGAUGAUUGUCAUGAAAAUGCAAGUUGUAUCCACACAAAUGGAUCAUUUUCAUGCAAAUGUAACUUUGGGUUUUUUGGAGACGGAAAAUUUUGUUCAGAAACAACUGUUGCGAUUCGUGGACCAAAAAGUAAAAAUGGUACUGGUCGUGUAGAGGUUUUUCACAAUGGAGAAUGGGGAACUGUUUGUGAUGACAUCUGGGAUUUAAAAGAUGCAGAAGUUGUUUGUCGUCAACUUGGUUAUAAAAGUGCAAACAAAGCUUUACAUGGAAGUUUUGUUCCUGAUGGUAAAGGAAAGAUAUGGUUAGAUGAUGUUAGGUGCAAUGGAAAUGAGCAAAAUCUUUCAAGUUGCUCACAUAACAAAUGGGAGAAUCACAAUUGUGCGCAUUCUGAAGAUGCAGGUGUAGAAUGUUCUGAAGAUUUAGAUGAAUGUUCCCGAAACUUACAUAACUGCAGCAUCAAUGCCCAGUGUGUAAACACGUUUGGAAGUUAUAGAUGCUUGUGUAAAUCUGGUUAUACAGGAAAUGGAACUAUUUGCAAUGAUAUCGAUGAAUGCUCUUUUUCAACUGAAAAUAACUGUCAUGAAAAUGCGACAUGUAUAAAUGCUUUGGGAUCAUUUUCAUGCAAAUGUCUCAAUGGUCAUUUUGGAGAUGGAGAAUUUUGUACAGACCAACUCCCGCCAGUCAGACUUCGAGGACCAAAAAUUUCUCAAAGAGUUGGUCACGUGGAAAUAUUUUAUAAAGGAAGAUGGGGAUUAGUAUGUCGUCAUGACUGGGAUUUAAAAGAUGCUUCGGUUGUAUGUCGUGAGCUUGGUUAUGGAAAUGCUGUGAAAGCUUUAUCAGUCAGUAACUAUCGUACUGAAGUUUCAGAAUAUUGGUUUGAUUAUGUUAACUGUACUGGCAAUGAACUUAAUCUUGCAAGUUGUCUACAUAGCAAAUGGGGAAAAACAAAUUGUGAAGCAUCUGAACAGGCAAUUGUAAACUGUUCAAAAGAUUUUACAGAAUGUUCGAAGCGAUCAAUCAACUGUAGUUUAAAUGCAGAAUGUAGUAAAAUUAUGGAAAAUUUUUCAUGUGUAUGCGAUUCUGGUUAUACUGGAAAUGGAUCAAUUUGUACAGACGUUGAUGAAUGUUCUCUUUCUACUGAUAACUGUCAUAAAUACGCAACUUGUAAAAAUACCUAUGGAUCAUAUUCAUGCAAAUGUAACCGUGGUUAUUUUGGAAAUGGAGCGUAUUGUUCAGACGGGCCUCCACCUGUCAGACUACAAGGACCAACGAGUUUCAAUGGAACUGGUCGAUUAGAAAUAUUUUAUGAAGGAGAAUGGGGAACAGUGUGUGAUGAUAAUUGGGAUAAAAAAGAUUCAUUGGUUGUAUGUCGUCAACUUGGUUAUAAAGGGGUUCUAAAAAUCCUGAAAGGACGUAGCUUUCGUAUCGGAACAGGAAAAAUAUGGUUAGAUGAUGUUUCUUGUUUUGGCAAUGAAACAAGUCUUUCAAAGUGUUCACAUCGUGGUUGGGGUAAACAUAAUUGUGGGCACAGUGAAGAUGUUGGUCUGGUAUGCUCAAACGAUUACGAUAAAUGCUACCUGGAAUUGCACAAUUGUAGUAGAAACGCUUUAUGUACAAAUACAGGAGGAGGUUUUACAUGCAUGUGUAAAUCUGGUUACACUGGAAAUGGAUUUCUUUGCACAGACAUCAAUGAAUGUUCUCUUGCGGAGGUUGGAUGUCAUCAAAAUUCAGUCUGUAGCAACACUGAUGGUUCAUAUUUAUGUAAUUGCAAUGAUGGUUAUGUUGGAAAUGGAACUUUUUGUUUAAAACAUCCUCAAACUGUAAGGCUUCAAGGACCAAAGGCUAUUCAUGGCACUGGUCAUGUUGAAGUGUUACAUAAUGGAAAAUGGGGAACAAUUUGUGAUACGAACUGGGAUUUGAAAGACGCUGAGGUUGUAUGCCGUCAACUUGGUUACGUAAGUGCAUACAAGGCUUUAAAAGGGCAAUAUGUUCCCUAUGGUAGAAGAACAACUUGGUUAGAUAAUGUUUAUUGUAAUGGCAAGGAAUCAAAUAUUUCAAGUUGUUCAUUUAAAGGAUGGAAAGUCAGGUUUUGUAGUUCGCGCAGGAAUGCUGGGGUUGAAUGUUCUAAAGACCAACCUCCUUUGAUCAGACUUAAAGGACCAAGACGUUCAAAUGGAUCUGGUCGUGUGGAAAUAUUUUAUGAUGGAAAGUGGGGAACAGUUUGUGAUGAUUACUGGGAUUUAAAUGAUGCUAUUGUUGCAUGUCGUCAACUUGGUUAUCAGUAUGCAUCUAAGGCUCUAAAAGGAAAUGAUGUACCUACUGGUAAUGGAUCAAUAUGGUUAGAUGAUGUUGAUUGUACUGGAAAGGAGAUGUAUCUUUCAAGUUGCAAACAUAAGAAAUGGGGAAUACAUAAUUGUAACCAUUCUGAAGAUGCUGGUGUUGAAUGUACUAAAGUUUUGAAUGAAUGCUCUAAAUCGUUACACAAUUGCAACUACAAAGCUCGAUGUAUUGACACAGUGGAAAGUUUUAAGUGCGUGUGUCGUCGUGGCUUCACAGGAAAUGGAGUGAACUGUAAUGAUGUCAAUGAAUGUUCAAUUUCUACUGAUAACUGUCAUGAAAAUGCAACGUGUUACAAUACACAGGGAUCUUAUUCAUGUAGAUGUAAAUCUGGAUAUUUUGGAAAUGGGACAUAUUGCACAGACGAACGUCCUCUUGUCAGACUUCAGGGACCAAAAAGUUCAAAUGGAACUGGUCGUGUGGAAGUAUUUCAUAGCGGAGAAUGGGGAACAGUUUGUGAUGAUGGCUGGGGUUUAAGUGAUGCAAAAGUUGUUUGUCGUGAGCUUGGUUAUAGAAAAGCUAAGAGGGCUCUACAAGGAGGAUCAGUUCCUGAUGGACGUGGGAAAAUAUGGCUAGAUGAUGUUCGUUGCAAUGGUUAUGAAAAGUAUAUUUCAAGUUGUUCCCAUAACGCAUGGGGAAGACAUAAUUGUGGACAUUCUGAAGAUGCUGGUGUGGAGUGCUCAAAUGAAUUCGAUGAAUGUACUGCAAACGUACACAGCUGUAGCAUUAAUGCAGAAUGUGUCGACACUGUACAAAGUUUCAAAUGUAUUUGUAACCCAGGCUUUACAGGGAAUGGGAAAUAUUGCGAUGACAUCGAUGAAUGUUCUCUUUCUACUGAUAACUGCCACCAAAACGCAACUUGCAUCAACAACAAAGGAUCAUUUUCAUGCAAAUGCAACUUUCGUUAUUUUGGAAAUGGAACCAUAUGUUCUGACCAAGUACCUCCUCUAAGAUUGGAAGGACCAAAAAGUAAAAAUGGUACUGGCCGUGUUGAAAUUUUUUAUAUGGAAGAAUGGGGAACAGUAUGCGACGAUGACUGGGAUUUAAAAGAUGCUGAAGUUGUUUGUCGUCAACUUGGUUAUGAUUAUGCAGUGAAAGCUCUACCAGGAAGUCAUACACCAAAUGGUCAUGGAAAGAUAUGGUUGGAUGAUGUUAAAUGUACUGGUAGUGAACCAAAUUUAGCAAGUUGUGUAAAUAACAAAUGGGGAAGUCAUAAUUGUGAACAUCAUGAAGAUGCUGGUGUGAAAUGCUCUAAAGAUUUUGAUGAAUGUUCUCUUCAGUUGCACAACUGCAGCAGUAAUAGUCAAUGUAUAAACACAAUGGGAAGUUUUUCAUGUAUUUGUAAAUCUGGAUACACAGGAUUCAAUUGCACAGACAUUAACGAAUGUUCUCUGUCUACUGAUAACUGUCAUGAAGAAGCAACUUGUAUCAACACAAAAGGAUCAUUUUUAUGCAAAUGUAAACCUGGUUAUCUUGGAGAUGGAACGUUGUGCGCAGAGAAAAAUGACAAGAAGUACAAGCUUAAAAUACGGUUGACAAAUCAUGAGUUUUCAGAAAGUUUGUCGGAUUCAUCUUCAAACGAAUACAAUAACUUGAAGGAAAAAAUAGAAAGAGCGCUCGACAAUAUAUUCAAGUUGUGUGUUACAAGUUUUUGGUACAUUGAUGCAAGAGUUCUUGCAUUUCAGAAAGGAAGUACAAUUGUAUCUUUUCUCGUGCUCUUGAAACGUCAAUUUAAUCUUGAUCCUCAUGAACUUGUAAAACAAAUAAACAAAGUUGACACAAUUGCUGGAUACAGUUUUGACAAGUUCUUUACAAACUUGCAAGCAGUUCGUCUUGAUGUUGAGAUGGAAAUUAAACUGCCAAUUAAUAUCUUCGACAAUGUACCAAAGAGUGAACCACCAACUUAUGAAAAAUCAAAAGGAGCACGUAUUUAUAGUCAGCUUUACACGUUUUUCAAUAAUACGCCAGGAUUCAACGAUGUGGAAAAUUUGGAAUUCAAAAAAAAUCAUGGUAUCCAGGUGAAUUUUGCAGUCAGUUUCUUUAAAACAGCAAAUGAGACAAUAGAUGUUGUUGCAGUAAACGUUGGUCGUAAGAUUAUCAAACAGUUAAAAACUGGUCUCAUUGGCGAUGUCAAGGUCAACACAGAAUUCUUAAGAUUAAAAGUGCAACCUCCUUCCCCUCGGAAUGUUAGAUUCUCAAAUGUAAAGGAGACUUUUGUUUAUGUGGAAUGGGAACAGCCAGAUCUUUAUCAAUAUUUCUCCAUUCGUUCAUACUUCAUCAAGUAUCGAGAAUAUGGUAAAAAUACAUGGUUCAACAAGUCCCAAAGCACAGAUAUUGGAACGAAAAUGCAACUGGAUGGUUUGGAGAGCGACACUAAGUACACAAUAAAGGUGAUAGCUAAGAGUGAUUACGGUUUGGGAAAAGAAAGCGACGGAAUACAAGUAAAAACUUUAAAAGCAAAAGGAAUGUCACAGUGGUAUUAUCUUGGUCCAAUUGUUGUCGUUGUCUCUUUAAUUGCUUUAAUCGUCAUUAUAUAUUUGGCAAAAUGUAUGACUUCCAGAACAUGGAACAAAGGCAGACAUUUUGAUAGAUUUCACAAUGACAUCGAUGAAAAAAUAUCUUUACCACUAACUGAAGUGCGGGAAGCAACUAGAUCGACGACUUCAAGUGACGCGAACAUGCAGACACCUUUGUCUGCAGACUUUUGAUGAAUUUUAGAAUUUCUUACGCUUAAUUAAAGAAUCAAGUAGUGAUGUUAGAAUUGGUAUGAAAGGAAAGGCUGAAAGUCUCUCGUUGCGACUGUGGGAAAUUGUAGUUGUUGUUCAUUAUUUUUCUUAGUUAUUUUUACUAUACUUAAUUAUUCAAUUUAGUAAAGCUGCUGUAGUUUAAGUUUUGUAACUGAGUUAUUGUUUAUUGUAUUACUGUAUGAAAACUGCUUGAAUUAGAAUGAUGAAUAGUUAAA